AUGUACAAAAGGAAGAGAGAUCCGUCGAAAUCAAAGGACGAUGGAGAUGCAAAAAAGCAGAUGGCUUUCCUGCAGGAGUUGUUGCGCGACGACAGGGAAGGCGCCGCGCAGCCCGAGCAGUUCAACAUUGUGCAGGAGUAUCACCAACUGAAAGCGGAGCUGCUCAAACGGCUGCAGGUGAACCAAGAGCCGCCAAGGCAGAUCGGCCGAAGGUCUGUUGUAGGGUUGCAGCCAAAGAGGAAGGAACUUUUACCUCCAAUCAAGACUUGCCACAAAAAGAAAACAGCAAAGAAAAUUAGCAGACCUUACACAGAGAUGAUGCAGCAGAGAAUCGAAUACAGGAAAAAGCUUCUCGAGUACCUGAAUGAUGGUGGCGAAGAGGGCGAAAGUGAAGAGAACAGGUCGGAGAGGCGCAUGCGGAGGUAUCGACGAUAUGUCCAGCAUGGCAUAGGCACGGAGCAUAUUGCGCCUCUCCAACAAAGUUUCAUCAAUAGAAUUCUCAGUCUCAUACCAACAAGGUUAAAGAAAAAUUUCAAAGAUGAUCUGCAAACACUCCUUACCGAAGUGCAAAAGGAAUUCAUCCAAGAGGUCAAAGUUUCUGUCGUUGAGUAUGUUUUGCACCACAAGAACAGCGCCCUGGAAGUUUUCCCUGAUGCACGGCCAAGGCUCAGUUCUGUGGAGCGAACGAGGCAGGCCAUCGCUGACAAAAAGCGCAAGGAGGCGGUUUGUAGAACGCGAAACUACGUCCGCAAAAACUUGCACGUCGUCAAUAAAUGCAUCUUACACGUGCUAGACCUUUGGCACAAAUCAUACAGUGACAUUCGCUUAGUUGAUUUGAAGGAGCUGAGUUCUGUAGAAAAGGCGCUCGAGUUAAAACCGUUCAAGGAAUUAAUUGGCAAGCAAAUCCAGACAGCGGUUUUGUAUUUGAAGAAUAACUGGUUUCCAUCUUUGGAGGCAAUUUUUCUCCAGGGCGCGAGGAACCGAAUUUUGCCUCCGGCAACUGCCGAAAAACAGAGGAGGGAUUUUUUCGAGUGCGUUGCCACGAUAAUGACAAGCCAAAUACAACAUCUCUGUAUUGCAUCAAUCAAAGAUUUCACGGAGUUUAUCUGCGAUACAAAAUCAAGGAAAAACAAGGGCUUUGUGCUUGAGGUGGCUUACAGGAACAAAGUGGUCGUCUUCGAUCCGUCUUUUUCGGCAUACAAGCAAGAAAUUUUAAAUCUGAUCGACAAAUUCAAAGACGCGGUGUCGAGAAUCCCGCGAAUUGAAACCGUUCUCGUGGAAAAACUGGGGCUGCAGCCGCUUCCGCAGGAGGGACGCCUUCUAAAGCCCAUAAUUCCGGAAAAAAUAAUAAGACAGGCGAAAGAGACUCUGAUUGCAAAUCUAGAGGAGCAGCGAAUUCUGCCAGAGAUGCGAAUUCAGGAUUUUGACAACUACAUCAGCUUAAUAAACGGAGAAUGGCAAGAGGAAGUGGACCAUUUUUUGCGUAACAAACAGUCUUACGAGGAAAUGGUGGCCAGGGUGACCGAGUUGCACGAUUUGAGCCAGACGAUUCCGUGCGACACGUGGCUAGUGGUGGACGCGGGACUUUUCGAAGUCCACCGAGGUCCUCUGGUGGUGGCGCUCGUUCAGGCUGCCAUCGCCCUCAGAGAUCAACUUCUGGCACACAUGCGAGCUGAGCACUUGGCUCUUUCGUUCAAAUUGAGUGAAGAAUAUGAAGAAAUUGCGACGCGCGCCUUGAGCCCGCCUGCCAACACGGCCGAACUGAUGGAUUUGAAGGAAUUCGUGCAUCAAGUCGAGUCGAGCACGUUGGCCCAGUUGGAGGAACGACUGCGCCAGGUUUGUCUGUCGAUGCUGUUUCUGGUCGACCACAUGACCGUGGUGCCGGCCGAGGUGAAACAGAACGCGGCUCCGUUCAAGUGGUACGGCAAAAUGCCCGACGUCCUCCUGGAGCAUCAGGAAAUCGUUUUGAAGAAAACUGCAGAGUACCAACAAGCACUAAAAGUCAGAACGCAAAAUUUCGUCGAAUCGCUUUCCCAGCAAGAACGAUUGGUGGCCGAAUUUCAAACCCUGGGCGACAUUAACGAACUUCCAAAGUAUUUGCAACGCGCUCGGACUCUCCAGUCAAGACUAAACGCGGCUCUGACAGACAUUCAGCAGUUCAACGCCGAGGAGGUCGCUUUUGGCUGGGAAACUUCGCAAUAUCCGCUCAGGGAACAAGUUUCUGAGCAAUUGGGACCAUAUUUGGAGCUUUACGAGACGGCGAACGGGUUUAUUACAAAACACGAGCUGUGGAUGAGCAGCCAGGUGGGCGCUUUUCACCCAGCGGUGAUCGAGGCUGAGGCGGAACACUUUUGGCAGACGGUCCAACAAUUGGAGAAAACUUUCACCGAUAUUCUGAUUGUGAAACAAUUAAUAAGCAAAGUGCACCAACGGAUCGAAGAGUUUCGCGACAAUUUGCCCGUGAUCCAGACUUUGGGCAAUCCGGACAUGAAAGAGCGACAUUGGGAGAAAGUUUCGGAAAUAGUCGGAUUUCCUCUGAAGGCCGACACAGCGCUGACCUUGGCGCGAAUCAUUGACUUCGGUCUCGGCGACUACAACAGCAAAUUUCAGGUCAUAAGCGAGUCGGCCACGAAAGAAAAUAAUUUGGAAAAGGCUCUGAAUACGAUGAUUGCUGAAUGGGUCACCAUGGAAUUUUCCAUCGUGCCGUACAGGGAGAGUGGAACAUACUUCUUAUCCUCUAUAGACGACAUUCAGCUUCUUUUAGACGACCACAUCGUGAAAACGCAAACAAUGCGAGGAUCACCCUACAUCAAGCCAUUUGAGAAAGACAUUACUGAGUGGGAGACAAAUCUGAUGCUUCUGCAAGAGAUUUUGGACAGUUGGAUGAAGGUUCAGGGUACCUGGAUGUACCUGGAGCCGAUUUUCUCCUCCCCGGAUAUUAACGCGCAAAUGCCUGAGGAGGGCCGUCGAUUCGGAGCGGUUGACAAAAUGUGGAGAGACAUAAUGAAGGUGGUUCUGACCGAUUUGCACGUAUUGGUCGUGGCCAAAAUCGACAAAAUGCUCGAACGUUUGCACAAAUCGAGCGACCUGCUGGACGCAAUUCAGAGAGGACUGAACGACUACUUGGACAAGAAACGCACAUUUUUCCCACGCUUUUUCUUCCUUUCCAACGACGAGCUUCUGGAAAUUCUCUCGGAGACAAAAGAUCCAUCUCGGGUGCAGCAAAAUUUGAGAAAGUGUUUCCGAGGAAUAUCGAGAUUGUCAUUUACGGAGGAUAUGGCGAUUUCGGCAAUUAUUUCGGCUCGGGGAGAGCAAGUCGAAUUGGUGGAGGUCAUUGACACUGCCUCGGCGAGGGGACAGGUGGAGCAGUGGAUGCAACAGUUGGAAAUCGGGAUGAAAACGAGCAUGAUUUCCGACUGCCAACGUGAUGUUAAUUUUGACGGGGACGGCCAGUGGGUUUUGCAAAAUUCCAGCCAGGCCGUUCUUGCAAUUUUCCACAUCAACUGGACGCGAGAGACGGAAAAGGCGAUAGUCGACGGAACUUUGAAUAGUUUGCUCGCAAAAUUUACAAAACACGUACAAGAGGAGACGCAACUACUGAGUCGAGAAAUUUCUAGCAGCAACCGGUCGAUGCUUGGUUCUCUUCUGACACAAAAUAUUUACUGCCAAAAUGCAAUUCUGGCUCUGGUUAACAAUCACGUCGAUAAAGUUGAGAAUUUCCAUUGGAUUACGCAACUUAGAUAUUAUUGGGAGGAAAAGGAUAUUUCAAUUAAAAUGCUGAAUGCGAGUGUCGCUUACGGCUACGAGUACUUAGGAGACUUUGUGCGCUUGGUCUUGACCUCGCAAACGGUCCAAUGUUUCCAAGCUAUAUUUGCUGCCCUUAAACUGAGUCUAGGUGUUGUAAUUGAUGGGCCAGUGAGCUCGGGCAAAACCGAAAGCAUUAAAGAUUUGGCCAACAUUGCCGCAAAACUUUGCGUUUGCAUCAGUUGCUCGGCAGAAAUGGAUUGCAUCACACUUGUGAAAUUAUUUAAGGGUGUUGCCUCGUCUGGAGCUUGGACUUGUCUUGAUGAAUUGGACAGACUGAGCGUGGAAACGCUUUCCUCAAUGUCGCAUCAAAUUUUGGCAAUUCAGAGAGCAACAAAAGCUAAAAAGGCGUUUGUGACUUUGGACGGCAGCAAAGUUCAACUGGACUCGACAUGCUUGAUUUUAGCUACACUCGGCAAUUCAGGAUCAGAAAAACUGCCAGCGAAUUUAAGAUCCUUGCUAAGACCAGUGGCAAUGAAAAUACCCUCAGUGAGGGUUUUGGCAGAAGUGGUUUUAACAUCAAACGGAUUUCGCGAUGCAAAACUUUUGGCUAACAAAAUGAUGCAAGUUUUUAGUCAGUGUGCACGGAAACUGUCCCUGCAGACGCACUACGAUCACGGUUUAAGGGCAAUAAAAUCAGUUCUCGACUGCGCCAUAAAGUGGCGAUUUACCAACAAAGACGAUUCGGAAGGGAAAAUAAUUCGCAAUGCGAUUGAAAGCGUCAACAGCUCAAAAUACACAAGCCACGAUUUGAAAGUUUAUCAGGAAAUACUGGCUGGCGUUUUCCAAAACGAGAUGGAGGAAAUUGACAUUGACUUGAAAACGACCAUUGAAUCGGUUUGUCAAGACAGAGACUUGCAGGCGACGGAAAAAUUCCUUGAAUGCAUUUUGAAAAUGAACGAUUUGCUCAAAGUGAAACAAGGAGUGAUUAUCUUAGGGCAGCCUUUUGCAGGAAAAACGACUGCCUACCAAGUUCUCGCGGCCGUUUUGAGUGAAAUUGAAAAGAGAAAAGUUCAAAUGACAAUCAUCAAUCCAAAAUCCAUGACUCUGAACCAACUUUAUGGAGCCUUUGAUUCGAUGACCCACGAAUGGUCGGACGGCGUUUUGCCCAAGUGCUUCAGGCAAAUGGCUUUGGCCGCGACCCCCAACAGGAAAUGGCUGGUAUUUGACGGCCCCAUGGACUCGUCUUGGGCAGAGAAUUUAAACACGGUUUUGGAUGACAGCAGGCGCCUUUUUCUCAUGUCGGGAGAAAACUGCCAUUUGCCGCAGGAAAUGAACAUAAUUUUUGAGACGGACGAAUUAAACAACGUGUCUCCAGCAUUAGUCUCGAGGUGCGGGAUUUCAUACGUCAGUUCCGAAGCUGUUGGUUGGAAUGCAAUUUUGAGCACCUGGAUCAAAACUUUGCCAGCUGCACUGAAAGAUUACUUGCAAAUUAUUCAAGACCUGUUUGACCGAUUUUAUCCGCCUCUAAUAAAUAUGCACAAACAAGGCAUUUUCAAGUCCGAGUUCCCAUUCAUGGAGUGCAAUUUACUACGUUCGACGACAAGUAUUUUUGAUUGCUAUGCAAUUGAAUUCACUGUAGACGACGGAAAGGACGAGAUUUCAAGCAUUGACAUGAGAGCUCAACUUGAGGGAAUUUUCUUUUACGCCUGCAUCUGGUCUAUUGGAGGAGCGCUCGACGCCGACAGCAGAGUGAAAUUUGACAAAAUAUUCCGUGGCUUUUUAGCGAAGGAGUUCCCUCAAGAGUUAAAUUCCGAGUACGGCAUAGUGGACGAAAUCCCUGCGCCGGUCAAGCCGUACAUCUUUCCCAUUCCUGAUAAUUUUUCCGUCUACAAUUAUCGAUACUUUAAAGAGGGCAAAGGUAAAUGGAGGCCUUGGGAAGAGGAUCUGAAAGGAUCUCCUCCGAUCCCACGAGACAUCCCUGUCAACCAAAUAAUUGUACCGACUUUGGAAACUGUGAGGUGCUUGACGCUUCUCAACCAACUUGUCAGAAAUAACAAACCUAUAAUUCUUGUUGGGCCCUCUGCAGUUGGAAAAUCAAUUUAUAUCACGGAUUUCUUGGAGAACAAAGUUGACAAGAACGUUUACAAACCGCUGUUUGUGCUUUUCUCCAACAAAACCACUGCUCAGGAGAUUCAAGAUUUGGUCAUGAGCAACGUUGACAAGCGGCGCAAAGGAGUUUACGGCCCACCUCUGGGCAAAAGGUGUCUCGUUUUUGUGGACGACGUCAACAUGCCUGAAAGUGUCAACGGUUGUCAACCCCCGAUCGAGCUACUGCGCCAGUUGCUGGACCACGAGACGUGGUUUGAAAUUGCGACCGGUUCGCCGCAGAAAAUCACGGACCUGCAGAUUCUCUGUGCGAUGGGCUCGGCGCCCGUUGGAUUGGCGAAAACGUCAACAAGAUUUUUGCGGCAUUUUUCAGCAAUUUCCAUCAACGAAUUUGAGGAAUCGACCCUGGUGGCGAUUUUCAGCCGGCUCAUGCUCUGGCACUUGGACACUCGAGGGUUCAGCAAAGAGUUUGAUCCGUCAAUAGACCAAGUUGUGGCCGCGACGUUGAAGGUUUACACAACUACAAAGGGCUUUUUAAUGCCAACCCCUUCGAAAUGCCACUACAUUUUCAAUUUGCGUGAUUUUUCAAGAGUGAUUCAAGGUGUUUUGCUGUCUGUUCCGGAGGCGAUUGAAGACUUGGCAGCCAUGAAGCGGCUGUGGGUCCACGAGGUUUUGCGAGUUUUCGCCGACCGAAUGCCAGACAAGGCGGACAGAGAUUGGCUUCUUCAGGUGGUUAGAGAGACGUGCAUCGACAAACUGGGAAACGACAUGGAUCAAAUGUUCAAGCACUUGACCAGCAACGACCAGCCGGUUACGGAACAUGCGCUGCGGCAGUUGCUGUUCUGCGACUACGCAAACCCAAAAGCUGACUCGCGGAAUUACAGUGAAGUUCACGAAUUGGAAAAUUUGCGCAGCGUGGUCGAACGGUGCCUCGGAGAAUUCAACAGCAUGACAAAAAAGCCAAGCGAUUUGGUUAUGUUUAGAUACGCAAUGGAGCAUCUCUCGCGAAUAUGCAGACUUUUGAAGCAACCCCGCAGCCAUGGACUGUUAAUUGGCCCAGUUGGACUUGGCAAACAGUCUUUGGCAAGAUUGGCUGCGUCUAUUUGCUACUACGAACUCUAUCAAGAAAAGAGCGAAGUUUACUUGGAGGAUUUCAAUCAUUUGCUUUGCAUUGGUGAAAUUUCGAACUUAAUCACGGCGGAUGAGAAGACGGAAAUUGUUGAAAAAAUGGGAGAAAUCGACAGACAGAGAGACAAAUCAGUGCAGACUGACGGUAGCAACGCGGCCUUGCUGAACUUCUUUUUGCAAAAACUGAGGGAUCAAUUACACAUUUUAAUAUGUCUCAACCCUGAUUCGGAAAACUUCAAAUCGCGGUUGCAGAAGUUUCCUGCGCUUAUCAAUAACUGCACGAUGAACUGGUUUUUGAACUGGCCUGACGAUGCGUUGCAAGACGUGGCCGAAAAUUUAUUGGGCGAAGUCGGUCUGGAGCCAAAAGAGUUGCAAAUUUGCAUUGAACUGUGCAAGAAAUUCCACGCGGACGCCCAAGUUCUUUCAAACCUUGCGAAAAACGAAAUUUUUAGUCUAAUUACACCAACGACGUAUAUCGAGUUUCUCAAAACGUUCAAGCAGAUUUUACUUCAAAGGCGAAGAUCGGCGAUUGAGGAGCAAGACAAGUGCAACACGGCUGCAGAAAAGAUUUUGGGCGCCGAGAAGGAGGUUCCUGAGAUGCAGGAGGAAAUUCAAAAUCUGAUGCCGAAACUGCGAAAGUCUUCCGAGCUUGUGGAGCUCGGCUCGGUGGCAGUUGAAAAUGAGACCAGAGAGGCCGAGCAAACUGUUCUGACUGACAGGGAAUCGGUGGAAGCAAAAAAGGAACAAGUUCGAGUCUUACAGGAAGAAUGCGAGUCGAGUGUGGGUGAAAUGCUCGGGCCUCUGGAAGAGGCAACUGCAAGUUUAGAAACCCUGCCAAUGGCCGAUAUUUCUGCACUGAGGGCGAUCAAAAGUCCGCCGAAAAACCUCAAACUACUCAUGGAAGCAAUUUGCUUGAUGAAAGAUGCAAAAGCUGAAAAGGUUGCAAAUCCAAACGCGCCCGGCAAGACGAUGGACGACUACUGGGGUCCAGGAAAGAAACUUUUGGCCGACCAGAAGUUCAUCGAGGGUUUGAUGCAAAUCGACAAGGAAAAUAUUCCGUCGAAAGCGUCAAAGCAAAUUCAGGAGCGAAUUAUUUCAGACGAGACUUUCGAGCCGGAAAAAUUAAAAGCCAUUGCACCUGUGGCGGAAAUUCUGUGCAGAUGGGUGAUUGCUUUGUACAAUUACGACGUGGCAGUGAAAACGGCCGCUCCAAAGAGGCAAGUGAUGGCUGAGGCGAACGACGACCUUCAAAGCGCGAAUGCUGUUUUAGAGGAAAAAGAGGCGGUAUUGCGGGAGGCCGAGAGCAAGUUGACCGACGCGAAAGCGGAUUUGGUGCAGGCCCAGGCGCAAAGGGAAGAGCUGCAUUCGCGACUCGAGUUGUGCCAGAAAAAGAUCAAACGCUCGGAAGAACUGCUCGCGGCCCUUUUGAGCGAAACUGGCAAAUGGCAAACGAGGGCUAAGGAACUUGCCGAGAGUUACAAGCACAUCACAGGUGACAUGUUGAUUUGCGCCGCGUCGAUCGCUUAUUUGGGCCCGUUUGGCCCCCGCUUGCGCCACGAACAGACCACAAAGUGGGUGGAAGAAGUUAACGCCCAAGGUUUUGAAUGUUCUGCAAAGCCUGCGGAGUUCCAAUUGAGCUCCAUCUUGGGCGAUUCUGUCGAGUUGCUCGAUUGGAAUAAUAUUGGACUGCCGCUGAACGAUGCUUUUGUUAUGGGAAGCGCCAUUAUAACAAAAUUCUCUGGAAAGUGGCCGCUUAUAUUUGAUCCGGACGGACAGGCAAAUAGGUGGAUCCGAGCAAUUGAGGCGCCAAAUCAGUUGCAAGUCCUUCGGCUUUGCGACUCGGACUACAUAAGAAACUUGGACGCGUGUGUCCAAGGCGGAAAAGCUGCACUUUUGGAAAAUAUCAGCGAGGAGCUGGACCCUAUUUUGGAUCCAUUGUUAAUGAAGCAGACUUUUAAACAGGGAUCGAUUGUGGCAGUCAAAAUUGGAGAUUCCAAUGUCGAGUACAACCCCAAUUUUAAGCUUUACAUUACGACUCGAAAACGUGAUUUAAAAUUGUCUCCUGAAUUUGCUUCGAAAGCGAGUCUGAUCAAUUUUGCGCUUACGCCGAAGGGAUUGCAAGAGCAGCUCUUGUCAGUAACUGUGCAAAGGGAAAGGCCCGACCUCGAGUCGGAAAAGUCACAAAUCAUGACUUCUGGGGCCGAUAAUUUGAGGCAACUUCGAGAGCUCGAAAACAAAAUCUUGGACGAGAUUUGGACAUCGAACGGCGACAUCCUUGAGGACGACAUGGCCGUGCAGGCCGUCUGCCUGGCCAAAACGUUGAUCAACGAGGUCAUCGAGAAGAAGACCAACAACGAGCUGACCGAGGUGGCAAUUGACAAGUCGCGUUUUGCUUACGAACCGGUGGCGGAACACGCGAGCAAUCUCUACUUCAGCUUAGUGCAACUUCUGGCCCUGGAGCCCGUUUACAAAUUUUCUCUGACUUGGUAUGUUGACUUAUUUACAAACGUCAUCGACACAACGGAGCGCGUCGAGGAUUUGCAAAAACGCAUGCAGGAUUUGAGCGUUGAACUUUCACUGGCCCUUUACAAAAACGUGCUGCCCUGCAUUUUCGAAAAGGACAAGCAAGUGUUUGUCAUUUUGCUUGCAAAGGCGAUGGGAAAGCUAAAUCUGGAUGAGGAGGAGUGGAAGUUUUUGGUGGAAAAUGAAUUUGAUGAAAGCGAGAAUGGAGAUGGAAAUCGAUUUGACUGGCUUCCAAAUUCCUACUGGCGAAAGUUUCAGGCUCUUUUCAAGAUUCCAGCUUAUCAGAGCAUCAAGGACCAUAUGGAACAGAAUGAAAGUCUAUGGAUGGAUUUUUACAAUACACCGAGCAAGGGAAUUGAUCUUUGCCCAGUAAAAUUCGAAAAGUUCAAAAUUUUGGCAAUUCUUAAAUGCAUCAGGCCUGAUAUGCUUAUAAAUGCAGCAACGAAUUUAAUUGAAGAGUUUCUGGGUUCAGAAUACACAGAGCCGCCAAUAUUCAAUCUGCCCUCGUCGUUCUCCAGCUCAUCGUGCAAGAACGCGCUGAUUUUCAUCCACCCUGCCAGUUCAGAUCCAACUCUGACCCUGCUCAAAUUUGCAGCAGAUAUGCGAGUGACUCAAAAAAUGCAAAUUGUCUCUCUGGGGGAACAUCAAGGCCUAGUUGCGGCCGGUUUGAUCGAAGAAGCAGUCAAAAUCGGUUCCUGGGUUUUAUUGCAGAAUUGCCACCUUGAGCCUGCAUGGACGGUCCACUUAGAAAAGAUUUGCGACGGACUCAACGCAGAGUCUACCCACCCCGAGUUCCGACUUUGGCUUUCGACGAUUUCUUCGGAGAAUUUUCCAGAGGCGAUUUUACAAAGUGGAAUUAAAAUCGUAUUUGACCCACCGAAAAAGCUGAAGGAAAACAUGCUCAUGUCUUUUACUACCGAUCCAAUUUCGGACUUAGACUAUUUUGAGAGUUGCGCCCGAAUGAGCUCUGAAUUCCACAAACUUCUCUACGGCUUUUGCUUCUUCCACGCCCUGGCCAUGCAGCGAACAUCCUUCAUGCCUCUCGGCUGGACGGAGCCGUAUAAAUUCACAGAGGCGGACCUCAGGUCCAGUUUGGUGCAAUUGCAAUCAAUUUUACUUGAAGCAACAGAGUUGCCCCUUAAUUUAAUUUACUAUGUGGCCAGCGAGUGCUACUACGGUGGGUUGAUGUUUGACCCGUGGGAUCAAAGGUGCUUAGAAACGCUACUGAACGAGUGCUGUCGACCCUGUGUAGAGUCGUGCAACUUUUUCUGCGACAAAAACGAGUCGUUCAAGUAUCCCAUUAAUCUGCAGUACGAAGAGCAACUCGGUCAUAUAAAAAGAUUGUCGGUCCAAACAGAGCCGGAGCUUUGCGGCAUCAGCAACAGCAUUGGUAGAAAAAGUGAUGAGGCUUUGGCCCAGAAUUUGAUUGCCAAAUUGAAUCAUUCUCAGACCGGAUUUAUUUUUAAGCCAUUCAAAGAGAUGUCGCAAUACGAAUCUGAGCAAUUCCUGCUCGGAAGAGUCCGUGAAAUAAUUAGCGCACUUCCUGCAAAGUUUGAUUUGCACUUGGCGAUAGGAAAAAUCAGUGGCGGUCUUGCGACAAUCCUCAUCCAAGACUUGAUCCAAUACAACGGACUGAUAGAAGAAAUAGCAUUUUCAUUGGAAAAUCUAGUGGGAGCAGUCAAAGGUCACGCCAAGAUGCACAUUUUGUUGGAGCAACUGGCACAAAGUUUGGCACAAAAUAAAAUUCCCGAUUGCUGGAAAUCAAAAAGCUACGCCUGUGUUAAGCCGCUUGACUCAUUUAUAACAAAUUUGAAUGAAAGAGUCAAAUUCUGUCAAGAUUGGGUGGAAAAUGGUCAACCAACAGUUUUCUGGCUUCCAGGGUUUUUCAUACCCAACAGCUUCUUGUCUGUUUUGCUAUCAGAUUGCAACGCAGAGGUGUUUGACCGACUCGACAUGGAAAAAGUGGCAAUUGAUUGCGAAGUUUUGCAAGGCGAGAAGGAUAUCGACCGAGGAGUAAUUGUGUCUGGACUUUACAUAAAUGGCGCACAGUGGGACAUGGAAAAUGGCCGCUUGGCUGAAAUUGAGAGUAAUAAUCCCUUCAAUGUAUUCCCUAAAGUCUGGUUGAAGUCGUUUCUCUUAGCGGACGAUUUUGAUGCGAAAAAAUACACUUGCCCGGUUUAUCAAACGUCUGAACGCAAGGGAUCUAUAAACUCGACGGGUCUUUCUUCGAACUUCCUGUUUUCAGUCCAACUCGACACGAUUGAAGAUCCAAAGCACUGGAUUCUGCGCGGAACCGCUUUAAUUUGCCAACUGCCGGACUAAUUUUAAAGAGUAGUUUGUUCGUAAAAAUUGAAAAACGCAUUGCUUACUUUUGCACUUUUACAAGAGUUACCGUUUAUAUUAUUUUAAUUAUUCAAAUUAACACGCAAUCAUUAAACUAGUACACGGAUUGAAGUUGGGAAUAAAAGAGUUCGAGCGCUUGAUGAUGCACGUACCGUUGUUAGUAGCGUCCUGACCUGCCCUCUCUUUCCCUGGAGCGACUUCUGCGGCGCCUUUCCUUGGAGCGGGAGCGCUUGUCUCUGGGCGAACGGGACCUGCGACGAGGAGAUCGAGACCUGCCAAUUUGAAAUUUGUUUCAAAACUGCCCUCACAAUUAUUACAAAGCGUUAUUUAAAAAAUAGCUUAAGGAAACACGACUCACUUAUUAAAUUUUAUGUUCAUACUCGCGAUGUUCAUUGAAUUUGUUGGCCAAUGAAAAUAAUGAGAAAAAAAUUAUGUGUUCUUCUGCAAUACUGUUUAAUUUUAAAAUACUUUACCUGCGGCCACCACCCUUGCGUUUGCGGCUGUAAAGGUAGCGCCUCAGGUCGCGGGAAAUUGGCUUCAAGUGCAUGAAGUUGCAGAAACCACUGCGGGUGCACUCGCUGGAAUGACACAAU